UCUUCAACGAUGAGAUUGUGCUUCCUUGUGCUGAGCUGCGUGAUAGCAGCCAGCGCCUGGCCCGUUGACCAAGUUUCGGUUCGAGUUCAUGGCGUCAACGGAUGGUUUGUGCCUCAGAAGGAGGGUGGCCUGAGAUGGAUUGGCAAAGCGGAGGGAGAGCACCAGUUGGAGUAUUACGAGGCUCAGGAGGCGAUAGAAGGUCGUUGGUCGACCAACACGGUCAACUUCUACCUCUACACCCUGCAGAAUCCCAGCACUGGACAGCAGAUUAAGGCCUCCAAGGCUUCUAUCGAUGCCUCCAAUUUCAACCCCGAAAAUCCAACCAUAAUUACAAUCCACGGCUGGAACGCAAACUACAAGGAUGGUGUGAACACCAGGGUAGCCGCAGCCUGGUUCCAGUAUGGUGACUACAACAUGAUUGCCGUGGACUGGUCCCGCGGACGUUCCUUGGAGUACGUCACCUCGGUGGCCGCAUGCCCAGGAGCUGGCAAGAAAAUAGCAGCCCUUGUGGAUUUCCUGGUGGGGGAAUACGGCAUCCGCCUGGACACUCUGGAGAUAGUCGGCUUCAGCUUGGGUGCCCAUGUGGCUGGACACACGGCCAAGCAGGUGACCACCGGAAAGGUGGGCAAGGUGGUGGGCUUGGACCCGGCCUCCCCCUUCAUCAGUUACUCCAAAACUGAAAACCGACUGCACAGCGACGAUGCCGUGUAUGUGGAGUCCGUCCACACCAACGGCGCUCUCUUGGGCUUCAAUGAGCCAAUUGGUAAGGCUGCCUUCUACAUGAACGGAGGCAGGACCCAGCCAGGCUGUGGAAUCGACCUCACCGGCAGUUGCUCCCACACCCGUGCUGUGGCUUACUACGUAGAGGCCCUGCUCUUCAACAACUUCCCUUCGAAGAAGUGUGAGACCUACCUGGAUGCUAAUAAGAAUGCUUGUGGCGAUCAGUACAGUUCUAUCUUGAUGGGUGCUGUAAUAAAUACUUUCAUCGCCGAGGGUGUCUUCUAUGUUCCAGUUAACAAAGAAUCGCCCUACGGAGUUGGAGAAAUAAACACUGGUGGUGGAGAAACAACAGCGGCUCCUGUGUCUUCCACUGUUGAUAAUGGUGAUGAUGAAUCGACUCCCAAAGAGCCUGCUUUGCCUACAACAACCAAAAAACCAGAGGAGGUACCCACCACUCCCGAACGACCCGAAGAGCCCUUUACUACUCCCGAAAAACCUGAACCUACAACCGAGAGGCCCGAGAUUCCCACAACUCCCGAAAAACCUGAAGGGCCCUCUAUUACUCCCGAAGAACCAGAGUCAACAACCGAGGAGCCCGAGGAGGACUCUACUACAACGAAAAACCCUGAAGAUCCCAUUACAACCGAGGAGCCGAAAGAGACGACCGCUGCUCCAGAGGAAUCGACCACCGAUGAACCAGAAGAAACCACCACUGCUCCAGAGGAAUCGACAACCAAUGAACCAGAAGAGACGACCGCUGCUCCAGAGGAAUCGACCACCGAUGAACCAGAAGAAACCACCGCUGCUCCAGAGGAAUCGACAACUGAUGAACCAGAAGAGACGACUGCUGCUCCAGAGGAUUCGACCACCGAUGAACCAGAAGAGACGACUGCUGCUCCAGAGGAAUCGACCACCGAAGAGCCCGAGGAGGAUUCUACAACAACACCAGAGGAUUCGACCACCGAUGAACCAGAAGAGACGACCGCUGCUCCAGAGGAAUCGACAACCGAUGAACCAGAAGAGUCGACUGCUGUACCAGAGGAAUCGACCACCGAUGAACCUGAAGAAACAACUGAUGCACCAGAGGAAUCGACCACCGAUGAACCAGAAGAGACGACUGCUGCUCCAGAGGAUUCGACCACCGAUGAACCAGAAGAUUCGACUGCUGCACCAGAGGAAUCGACCACCGAUGAACCAGAAGAGACGACCGCUGCUCCAGAGGAAUCGACCACCGAUGAACCUGAAGAAACAACUGAUGCACCAGAGGAAUCGACCACCGAUGAACCAGAAGAGACGACUGCUGCUCCAGAGGAUUCGACCACCGAUGAACCAGAAGAGACGACUGCUGCUCCAGAGGAAUCGACCACCGAAGAGCCCGAGGAGGAUUCUACAACAACGAAAACACCUGAAGAUCCCACAACAACCGAGGAACCAGAGGAGACUACUACUGAUGUUCCUGAAGAUUCGACAACCUUAGAACCCGAGAACCCUACAACACCGAAAAACCCCGAGGAGGCAUCAACAACCAUAGAACCAGAAGUGUCGACUACAGCUGAUCCAGAAUAUGUAGAGUCGACAACCGAAGAGCCUGAGGAGGUAUCCACAACUGACGCUCCUGAGGUUCCUACGACAACCUCUAGACCCUCUGAGCGCCCUUCAACAACUGCGGUGCCCCCCGAAGUUCCCACCACAACCCUGGCUCCGGAAAUUCCACCGACCAACCCACCCAAAGAUGACAGUGUGGCACCUCCGGGCACCAAGAACAUCUUCAUCUUCAACGUCUUUUUGGUGAACGUUAAAAUCGAAAAUCACUAACUUCUAGUCCAUCAGUGGACAAAAAUAAUGGCAUUAAAAUCAAAACAAUACUGCAUGCCAUUAAACGCUUAAUACAGAGAAAAUGAGAGUUA